AUGGACAAUUAAGAUAAUAAAAAUUGUUAAGAUAAUCAAUGUUGCGACAAAUAAAGUUGUUGUUAGGAGGAAUAAGUUUAAUAAAAACAAUAAUGUUGCACAAGCAACUCUUGUGAAUCAGAAGAAUAAGUCAAAAAUAAUGUAAAACAAAGAUAUGGAGAAAUCUGUGAAUAAACCAAACAAAUAAAUGCAGCCUCAUUUUGUGGGGUUGGAGGAUGUGGCAGUUCCUCAGGUUGUGGAACCAUAGAUUAUGCUGUGUUUGCAGAAAAUUAUGAAAAACUUUCAGGAUAUGUUCCAGAAGCUGACUUAGGAUUAGGAUGUGGAAUUCCAACUGAAUUUGCACAAUUGAAGAAAGGAGAUAUAGUACUAGAUCUAGGAUCAGGAGCAGGAAAUGAUUGCUUUAUAGCCAGAGCUUUGGUUGGAGAAAGUGGAAAAGUUAUUGGAGUGGAUAUGACACCCAAUAUGAUCAGAAAGGCUUAGUUGAAUUCAGACAAAUACAAUUUCAGAAAUGUUGAGUUCAGAUAUGGGGAUAUUUCAGACUUACCCAUUUUAGAUAAUUUUGUUGAUGUUGCCAUCAGCAAUUGUGUUAUCAAUUUGGUACCAGACAAAAGAAAAGUAUUCUAAGAAAUCAAGAGAGUCUUGAAGUCGAAUGGUCAUUUCUCUAUAAGUGACGUACUUACAACUGGAGAUUUACCUUUGUCGAUAAGAAAGGCUUCAGAAUUGCAUGUUGGAUGUGUUUCAGGAGCUCUAAGAAAAGAUAUAUAGUUAAAGAUUCUUGAAGAAUUAGGAUUCAUAGACAUUUAGAUUAAGAAAGAGAAGGUGAUUGAUUUCCCUGAUGAGUUGAUGUUGAAAUAUGUUUCUUAGGAAGAGUUAAAGGAAUUUUAGAAUAGUGGAAUCAAAAUUAUAAGUGCAACCAUCUAUGCCAAAAAAUAAUGA